AUGGAGAACUAUCACGCUCAGCAAAUGAGCCUGCCUGCUUUGCUCGAAGACAUUGAAUGCAAAUACUUUGCAACGGCGUCCGUUCUAUCGAACAUGGAGCGGGACCUUGUCCGGCAGAUUGGCGGAGAGGUUAGCGAGGCGUGCGCAAAUGGAUUUCUGAAGGAACUGGCGACUGCGCGGAACCAAGUCGAAUUUUUGAAAAAUCAGCACGCAACAUCGAUCCAAGAACAUACACAGUCAGGCAUUGAAUGGAAGCUGGAGAGGAUGAAUCAGUACAUCCUGGAACAACAGCAAGCUGCCGCCUCUCGUGAGCUCGCAGUCGAGCAAGAACGCCUGCAUGUGGAACACCUUCACCAGACUAGCUUUGUGGAGCUGCAAUCGGUUCUGCAGCAGCAAUUGGCACGGCAGACCUCGGAUUACGAAGCCAAAUUGCGACGCAAAGACAAAGAGAUGGCAGAGGCCUGCAAAGUCAUGGAAUCUAGGCUCAAUUCCAAAGAGAAUGAAGGCGAGGUACCGCGCCAGCACCUGUAUAAGCAAAUAGCUGAGCUGAAAGCGAACCGCAAUGGUCCGGGCAAGCACACACUGGAGCUGUAUCAGAUAAAUGAUAAGCUGACGAACAAGAUCGACGCGCUCAAUCUCGCCUCAAACAAACGUGAAAGGAAGGUCUCGGAGUUGGAACAGGCGAAUGAAAAACUCAAAGACCAGCUCAAGGACGCUCAUCUCAACUCAAACGAGCUCCAGACGGCCAAUGCCAAGCUCAGCGCCGAGAAACGGAGCCAAGCGGAGGAGUAUGAGAGGCAGAUCAGGUCUUUGACCAAGGAGAGGUUCGCGACAAAAUUCUAA